UUAUAUAAGCGAAGUGUCGAACAUCAUAAGUUCAAAACUCGAAUGUCGAUUAACGGACCUUGAUAUGGAAUCCUUAACACAGUAUCAUUUGAAACGAAGUCGAGAUACAAAGCCUUAUUUCGAUUGCAUCAAACCCCACCGAACCAACGUUACAAAGGUGGACAUAUACCGAUGCCUACACCUUGUCCAAAAACCAUGCUCAGCUUCAAAAGUGCGCGUUGUCAAGGAAAUCCGCCUACCAAUGGAAGCCAUGGAUACAAUCCUCCGAGCUAGCCAAUCAGCGAAGAUGAUACAUCUGCUCCGCGACCCUCGAGCCGCCAUUCGCUCACAAAUGAUGUACGGCAAUAGUCCAACACCUAUAGUGUAUCCUUACGCCAAAAAGACGUGUAAAGAUGUUUUGAAGGAUAUAAAAAUUCGAGAACAGCUAGAAAAAAAGUAUCCGGGGAGGAUAAAGGUUAUUUUUUAUGAAGACCUGGCAAAGGAACCGCUCCGCGUUACCAAGGAGAUGUAUGCAUUUGCAGGACUACGUUUUACAGCGGAGGUGGAAAAGUACGUGAAAAGUAUUACUUCCGGGGAGAUAAAUACGUCGUGCCUGCUGUGUAUUUAUAAGUCUGACUCGGUGUAUGAAUCGCAAAAAUGGCGGAAGGGUAUAGACUAUUAUACAGCAAUUCUGAUAGACAGUUUGUGUGGUGAGGUGUACGAAAAAUUGGGAUAUCUGCCUCUCAAGACCGAAAAACAACUCAGGGAUACAAACCAGUCGUUAAGGAAAGCUACACAUCACAGUAGAAUUCCAGUAUUGUCCAAAAAAUGAAUCUAUGGAUCAUGUAUUAUAUCUUCCGCUUCUGAGAAUUGUUUGAUUUAAAGAAAGAUUAAUUCUUCAAGAUGCAACAGCGCUAUAACAAUUAUCAAUAUAAUCUAUAACGUCAACGCCAGAACAUGUCGCCUUUGUAAAGAAUACCGAUGCGGCAUUAAAUGUACUUACUCACUUAAUGUGAAUGUUGAUAAGACAUAAUAACACAGAUUGGAAGGUCACUCACCUGGCUGAUUCAGAGAGGAAUGAUAGAUACCUGUGAAUCGAUACUCCCAUUAUCCAUCAACGGUUAUGUUGUGAGAUACGCCUGAACUUCAAUACCGAUGACUACACAGUAUUGCCUCAUGAACGCUACAGUUUUGCCCCAUGAACACAACACAGUAUUGCCUCAUGAACGCUACAGUUUUGCCCCAUGAACACAACACAGUAUUGCCCCAUGAACACUACACAGU